UGCUUCAGAGCCUUUCUCACACUAACUCAGAUCACUGGACAGUCCCAUAUUCUCCCUCCAUUAAGGCAUCUUUCUACAUUUUGGGCUGAACAGAAAUUCCUCCAGAACCCAAGUGGGGCGACAUGGACAUGAAAAAGAGGAUUCAUUUGGAGCUGAGGAACAGGACCCCAUCUGAUGUACGAGAACUUGUCCUUGACAACUGCAGAUCAAAUGAAGGGAAAAUUGAAGGCCUCACAUCGGAAUUUGUUAAUCUUGAAUUUCUAAGUUUGAUAAAUGUUGGUCUACUCUCAGUUUCCAACCUUCCUAAACUUGGAAAACUUAAAAAGUUGGAACUCAGUGACAACAGAAUCUCUGGUGGCCUUGAUGUUUUAGCUGAAAAACUCUCCAAUCUCACACAUCUAAAUCUAAGUGGAAACAAACUGAAAGACAUCAGCACACUGGAACCCUUGAAAAAACUGGACCAUUUGAAGAGUCUUGACCUUUUCAAUUGUGAGGUCACAAACUUGAAUGAGUACCGGGAAAGUGUCUUCAAGCUUCUUCCACAGCUCACAUAUCUGGAUGGCUACGACAUGGAUGACCAAGAGGCCUCGGACUCGGACGGAGAAGCUGAUGGAGUCGAUGAUGAUGAGGAGGAUGAGUUUGGAGAGGAAUUUGAUGAAGAGGAAGAUGAUGAUGAUGAAGAUGAGGUUGAAGGAGAGGAGGAUGAUGAGGAUGUCAGUGGAGAGGAUGAGGAGGAAGACUUGGGCCAGGCGGGAGAGGUAGAUGAUGAUGAGGAUGAUGAUGAUGACGACGACGAGGAUGAUGAAGAAGAAGAGCAAGGAGCAAAGGGCGAGAAGAGAAAACGAGAAGCGGAUGAUGAAGAUGAGGAGGAGGAGGAUGAUGAUGAGGAUGAUGAUUAAGUGCCGAUGACCAACUCUGUUACUCCUUCUCUCCCCUUCCUUUUCAAAAACUUGGCUAUCCCAUCAACCUUUCUACCCCUCCACAACGCUCCCCUUUUCCAUGCGCCAAGCUCCCAAUGGGGGCAAGACUGUUUUGGAUGGGUGGAGCCUGUGAGCUUCUGAAUCAGUGGCUCUCAGCAAUCCGCUCAAGCCGCUGCCCGUUUGUGUUUCAAAACCUGUGAGGACUUUGGGGACUGGUAUUUAGUUUUGGGUCUGUGCUUUUAAUAUUUUGUUGAAAAUGUUCUUUUUUUUUCCUCCCAUUUUCUCUCCCUUUAGUUUUUGUUCCAAUAUUCCCAAUAAGAUUGCUAUAGCAACUGUGUAACAAGCCAGCCAUCAUUUUAGUGUGGCAGCCUGUGGCACAAUUCAAGGUUGUAGCUACAUUUUUACUUUAUGUAAGAUGAAAACAAACUUUGUAAAUAAAAUAACAUUUUGU